AUGAGAGAGAUCGUCCACGUUCAAGCCGGACAGUGCGGAAACCAAAUCGGAUCCAAAUUCUGGGAAGUCAUCUCCGACGAGCACGGAAUCCAGCCCGAUGGAACCUUCAAAGGAGAGACCGAUCUCCAGUUGGAGCGCAUCGAUGUCUACUACAACGAGGCCAACAACGGCAAGUAUGUUCCACGCGCAGUUUUGGUCGAUCUCGAACCAGGAACCAUGGAUUCUGUCCGUUCCGGUCCAUUCGGACAGUUGUUCCGCCCUGAUAACUUUGUGUUCGGACAAAGCGGAGCCGGAAACAACUGGGCCAAGGGACAUUACACAGAGGGAGCUGAGCUCGUCGACAACGUUCUCGACGUUAUCCGUAAGGAGGCUGAGGGAUGCGACUGUCUCCAAGGAUUCCAGCUCACUCACUCCCUCGGAGGAGGUACCGGAUCAGGAAUGGGAACCCUUCUUAUCUCCAAGAUCCGCGAAGAGUACCCAGACAGAAUCAUGAGCUCAUUCUCGGUUGUACCAUCACCAAAGGUCUCUGACACCGUCGUCGAGCCAUACAACGCCACCCUCUCCGUCCACCAGCUCGUUGAGAACACCGAUGAGACCUACUGUAUCGAUAACGAGGCCCUCUACGACAUCUGCUACAGAACACUCAAGCUCACCAACCCAACAUACGGAGACUUGAACCAUCUCGUUUCGCUCACGAUGUCCGGAGUUACCACCUGCCUCCGAUUCCCAGGACAGCUCAACGCCGAUCUCCGCAAGUUGGCCGUCAACAUGGUGCCAUUCCCACGUCUCCACUUCUUCAUGCCAGGAUUCGCCCCAUUGUCCGCCAAGGGAACUCAAGCGUACCGUGCUCUCACCGUCGCCGAGCUCACCCAACAAAUGUUCGACGCCAAGAACAUGAUGGCUGCUUGCGACCCAAGACACGGACGUUACCUCACCGUCGCCGCCAUGUUCCGUGGACGCAUGUCGAUGAGAGCGAUCGACGAGCAAAUGCUCAACGUUCAAAACAAGAACUCCUCGUACUUCGUCGAAUGGAUUCCAAACAAUGUCAAGACCGCCGUUUGCGACAUCCCACCACGUGGACUCAAGAUGGCCGCUACCUUCGUCGGAAACUCCACCGCCAUCCAAGAGCUCUUCAAGCGCAUCUCGGAGCAAUUCACCGCUAUGUUCCGCCGUAAGGCCUUCCUCCAUUGGUACACUGGUGAGGGAAUGGACGAGAUGGAGUUCACCGAGGCCGAGAGCAACAUGAACGAUCUCAUCUCCGAGUACCAACAGUACCAGGAGGCCACCGCCGAAGAUGACGCCGAGGGAUACGCCGAUGGAGAGGCCGGAGAGACGUACGAGGAGCAAUAA